AUGGACUUAGCUGGUUCUGAGAGAGUUUCUCUGACGAAAGCUGCUGGUGAGCAUCUUAAAGAGGGGGCUAACAUAAACAAAUCUUUGUCAGUAUUAGGAAAUGUGAUAAGGCAACUAAGCGAGGGGAAGGAGUUUAUCAGUUAUCGCGAUUCGAAAUUGACUAGACUGCUCUCACAGGCUCUUGGCAGAUGUACAAAUUCAGAUGUAUAUGGAUCUGUAGUAAAACCUUUAGUCGAUUCCUUCAUGGAAGGUUUCAAUGCAACAAUAUUUGCAUAUGGCCAAACAUCUUCUGGCAAAACACACACCAUUUUGGGCAAUAAAACAGAUCCUGGGGCUUUUCAAUUAGUAUCUAAUCAGUUAUUCCAGCAUGGUGGCAGACCAGAGAAGAUAUCAAGGAAAUGUGCUGUUGAUGCAAGGGAAGCUGUCGUAGACAAUGUUGAUCAAGUUAUGGAGAACAUGAUGUAG